AUGGAGUCCUCAAUCUCCUCCGUUUCAACCUCUUCAAAAUCCAAACGCCUCUUAUUUGACCGCCGUUACGGUUGGGUAAUUGAUGAAUGGAAAGACCCAUCGGAGGAAGCUCUGGCCGGUGGCCGUGGAAUGUUUUGCAUACUGCCUAUAGCGAAAGCUGCCGUAAAGAUGGCUUCAGAGUCGGUUAGUCUUGCAGCAAACUCAGUAGUAAUUAGUAAAAGCUCUUGAAAAGCCAGAACUAUUCACCUCAGCAACUGCAAGAUAGUUUAAAUGCUCAGCUUCAAAAAAUCACGUUUUCUUUGCCGAAGCCGGACUUGAAUUUGAUACUCAAUGGAAAUUUGUCUCAAGCUGCCAGUUGCUCAUCUUCAAGUGAACAACUGGAAGGCAGUUAUUCAGAGGACUUGGAUUAUUCUCAUUUUAAAUCCUUGAUUGUAUUAUACGUCCAGCAUCAUAUUUGAGGUUGUAACAACAUUGUAUAUCAAGUUUUCCCGGUUAACCAUGUUGAAGUCAAAUCAUC